AAUUUAUAACGAAUGGCCCAUUCUUAAUGUUAUACGAAUUGGGAAAUUCCUCACUUCCCCCAUUCUAUUCUCUCAUUCGGAUCCACUAUCAAACAAAUCCCCUUCUUCUUCUUCUUCUUCUUCUUCUUCUUCUUCUUCUUCUUCUAGGGCUUCUUCUUUACCUCAAGAAUUCAAUUUCCAAAGCGUUAUCUCAAUUUCUUGACAAUGGCGAAGAAGAGGAAGACACCCCAGAGGAAAAAGGGCGAAACCCAGUUACCCCUUGUCGAUAAUAUACCCAAAUAUUCUCAACAGCGUCGAAGCUCACCGCCUAAACGCCGCACCGAUUUCUCCUCUCUCUUUUGCUAUUCUUCUUCAAUUGUCCAUCAUGGCACAUCUGCCUUGCCACAAUUGUCCUUGAAUGAAGUUGGAUCGUCAAAAUUGAUAGUGAAUCACUCAGAUAGUACAAAUGAAGAACUCUCUUCUAGCUCUUUGGUGAAAUGCAGCAACUCCCUGGGUGAAGACGAAGAACUUAGCCUAUGCUCAAGUCCUGAUGAAAUGCAAUCAAUUGAAUGCCGCCUCAGUGAUAGUUCAUGCAAGGCAGUAAGCAAGAGAAAAGGUACUUCUAAGAUAUCAUUCCCUGUUGGUAAAAAAGUACCAGAUUCAGAAAGCAAUAGUCUUUCUGGUACUCCAGAGAAUGUACAGUUGUGGUCUACUGAAAGUUUCGAGGAGAGGAGUUCAAACACAACGGUAGAGUUUCAAGAUCAAUCAUGUGCAGAUAAAGGGUCUUCUUCAAACUCAAGCAGGAUUGAAGAUAAUGACCUACACCUAGACAGAGGAAGAGGAAAAAGGGAAAGAAAGCCAAAAGUUCCCUUCGAUGAAGAGAUGACCAUAUCUCUUAAAUCAACAAGAAAAUUUCGCCGAAUGAGGAUAAUGCGGUACCUUGGGCUUGCAGCUCCAGUUGGUUCUCCUUUUUCACCAAUUGCCUGAACCUAUCAUCCCAUCCAACUUCCUAGUAAAGUCUACAUUCUACAAUAUUUCAGUUAAUCUUUCAACUCAUUUUGCAUUAGUGAAAAGUUGCUAAUUUUGUUCUCAUAUUUAUCCCAGCAUAUAUGGUUUCAUCAUUUGUAAAUAGGCCUGAGGUUUUGAUAACAUUAAUUAGAGAAUCCUGUUUUAAAGAAGUUUGUCCACCUUAAAUUUCCUCGUCUCAAUACUACAAGGUAUGUUCCUUGACAUUUAAUUCAAAUCAGUGUGCACAAGUUGAAAUUGC